AUGAAUAUCCUUAACUAUCACCUCGAUAUUGCCAAAAUGAGUGGAAGUUUGUCCUGUUACCAACGCUUGAUUACAUCAGCUGCGUGUUUCGAAGUUCUUAAGCCUUGUCUUUCUUCUUCACCUCUAUUCCUUCCAUUCAUGAAUCCAUUCAUUCCUACACUCCUUUACUAUCCAAUCUCCAUCCACGACUUCCUUCUCAUCGACCUCUCGGUCUUUAAUCCCUCACUCACCUGCUCGGACUGCUACUGCUGCUUCAAUCCCCUCAUCAUCUCCUUCACCUACUCACCGUCCCAAAUUAUUUAA